AUGAUAUUUCCAGUAUUAACACUCCCACAAGAGAUUGACCUCAUUUGGACGCAACGCUGGUCCCUCAUGACCGUGCUGUACCUAGUCAUACGCUAUGCUGGAAUACCAUAUUCUGUUGUCAAGGUUCUGGGCAAUAUCAUGAGCUAUGCGUUAAAUGGAACAAAUGUGAUCGUAACUGCCAUGUUGGGAGUCAUCAUGAUUGCUCGGUUGCAUGCCAUGUAUCAGAGACCUAGGAGGAUGCUUAUCUUCCUUGUUAUCAUCUUCCUAGCUGUCAACAUUGCCUGCGGAGUAAUCACGAUCAUAGGACUCAAGUAUGAUUUCGUAUCGGAGGAACUGAUACUCUCUGGUAUUCCUGUGUGCUAUAACGGAUUCGAGGGGGAUUCCCAGCUUCUGAUAUCAAUGGUCUGGACGCUCAACACUGUUUGGGAGGUCCUCGCACUGUGUCUUUCAGUCUGGAUCGCUGCGAAGCACUUCCGUGACCUGCGACGGCUCGGCCCAUUGACAGGAUCGACCAUUGGGGACUGUUUCAGAGUGCUGAUAGAAUCUCACGUCCUUUAUUUUGCAAGCUUUGCUGGUGUCUCUUGCCUCCAGCUUGUUAAAAUCUCUCCAGACGUCACGAAUUCGAAUUCUGUAGCAGUUGAGAUACUCAAUGGUGCUAUGAGUAUUUUAUUUUCCGUGCAGAUGUUUGUGCUGGGACCACGCCUCAUCCUUAGCGUUCGACAAUAUCACGCUAAACUCGUGGCCGAAUCCGACGCAGAAACUAGCAUGAAUUCGAUCGUCUUCCAGGAGCGUGUGCAUGUACCGACUAGCAGUACUGUGUAG